AUGAAGCUGGAGGUCUUCGCCCCGCGCUACGAGGACAAGCUGGGCGGCAGCGACCAGGAGGGCAGCGGGGCCCCGUCCCCCGCGCCGGGCGACAGCGAGCUGGGCUCGGACGGGGACUGCGCCGCCCACAGCCCGGGCAGCGAGCGGGCGGCGGGCGCGGGGCCGGCGGGCGCGGAGGGCGGCAAGGGGAAGCCGUACACGCGGCGGCCCAAGCCGCCCUACUCCUACAUCGCGCUCAUCGCCAUGGCCAUCCGGGACUCGGCCGGCGGCCGCCUCACGCUGGCCGAGAUCAACGACUACCUGAUGGGCCGCUUCCCCUUCUUCCGCGGCGCCUACACGGGCUGGCGCAACUCGGUGCGGCACAACCUGUCGCUCAACGACUGCUUCGUCAAGGUGCUGCGCGACCCGGCGCGGCCCUGGGGCAAGGACAACUACUGGAUGCUCAACCCCAGCAGCGAGUACACCUUCGCCGACGGGGUCUUCCGCCGCCGCCGCAAGCGCCUCAGCCGCGCCCCGCCGCCGCCGCCGCCGCCGCCUCCCCCCGCGCGCCCGGAUUGUGGAUAA